GGAAGCCAGUCUCAUUAUUUCACUCUUCUCUGUCAUACUGAUGUGUUUAUGAAUCUAUGGACAUAAUCAAAACACUUUCAAACAGGACUUCUGAGGAGUUUGUUUCUGAACAGACAGCGGAUCAUUGUGAUUCUUCUGGUGAUUGAUUUUUGAAACCAUCGUUCAUAAAGUGAAAGUUAAGUUUAGAUCGCUGGAGCUCAAACUGUGAAAAUGGAUUCACUAAAUGUACCUGUAGAAGAACUUUCUUGUCCUGUGUGUCAUGAAAUCUUCAAGGCUCCUGUUGUUUUAUCAUGCAGCCACAGUUUAUGUACAGAGUGUCUUCAACAGUUCUGGAGAAUCAAGGGAACUCAGCAGUGUCCUGUCUGCAGGAGAAGAUCCUCAAGAGUCAAUCCUCCAUGUAAUCUAGUGUUAAAAAACGUGUGUGAGCCGAUCCUGAAAGAGAGAAAUAAGAGGCAUUCAUCGGGAUCUGAGGAGCUCUGCAGUCUACACAGUGAGAAACUCAAACUCUUCUGUCUGCAGGACAAACAGCCGGUGUGUUUAGUGUGUGUUAACUCUGAAAAACACAUCAAUCACACAUUCAAACCCAUUAGUGAUGUUGUUCCAUCAUUUAAGGAGGAGUUGAAAAAAGCACUGACCUCCUUACAAGAGAAACUUACAUAUGAGGAGAAAAUAAAAGGAGAGUUUGAGAAAACAACUGAACACAUCAAGUCUCAAGCUGAUCAAACAGAGCAUCAGAUUAAACAGCAGUUUGAGAAGCUUCAUCAGUUCCUCAGAGAUGAAGAAGAAGUUACAAUCACUGCACUGAGAGAGGAAGAGGAGCAGAAGAAAAAGAUGAUGAAGGAGAAGCUGGAGGAGAUCAACACACACAUCUCAGCUCUUUCACACACAAUCAAAGACAUGGAGGAGAUGAUGAAAGACAGUGACAUCUGCUUUCUGAAGAAGUUUCCAGACUCAAUGGAAAGAGUCCAGAUCUCAUCACAGCCGGAUCCACAGACUCCUUCUGGAGCUUUGAUUCAUGUGCCGCGUUACUUGGGCAACCUGCCCUUCAGAGUCUGGAAGAAGAUGCAGGACAUCAUCCAGAACACUCCUGUGAUUCUGGAUCCAAACACGGCUCAUCCACGUCUCCUCCUGUCUGAUGAUCUGACCAGUGUGAGAUGGAGCGAGAACAAACAAUCAGUUCCUGAUAAUCCAGAGAGAUUUGAUGACUGUUACUGUGUUCUGGGUUCAGAGGGUUUUAACUCAGGAACACACUGCUGGGAUGUGGAGGUUAAAGAGAGUCUCUGCUGGAGUGUUGGAGUAACUACAGCUUCAAACCAGAGGAAGGGGUGUGAUUUCUAUAACACUGAUGUCUGGAGUGUGCAGUAUGAUCAGUAUGAACUUUAUGAACGGUCUGGUUUUAAUAUUAAACAAUAUCUUGAGCGUGUGAGAGUGUAUCUGGACUAUGACAGAGGAACAGUGUCAUUCUCUGAUCCUGUAACUAACACACAUCUACACACAUUCACAACCACCUUCACUGACACUGUCUUCCCAUCCUUUGAUAGUUUUUCCCCUCUCAGGAUCUUACCAUUGAAUAGUGAGUAAAUGUUACACCUGUAGGUCUGAAUCUUCCUGCUUCCAUCUUUUAUAUUUAUCAAAUAGUUUUAAUUUUUCUGUAGCAAAUCAGGUGUUUUUUUUUUUUUU